AUGAGUAACAAAUUACAACAUGAAGAAUUUGAAGAAGAAGUAGAAGAUGAAGAAGGAAAUGUAAUUAAAAAGAACAAAAAGGAUUUAGAUUCAAAUACAUCUGCUGCAGCUGUUACUAGUGCUGCGGUUGUUGGUGGUGAUACGACUACGACGACGACAACGACGACGACAUCAUCAUCAUUACCUUCAUCUGGAGAGAACAAGGUGUUUCUUUAUAGUGGAAAAUGGGCAUACAAAGCACCCGAUGGUCAAUUAUACAUACACAAUACAACAACCAAUCAAUGGGAAAAGGAAGUGAAAAUAACAAAUGAUAUGAUUCGUCAACAACAAUCUGCAUAUGGUGGUACUAGUGCUCCUAUGCCAUCAAAUAAUAAUAAUAGAAACAAUAACAAUAACAAAGAAAAUAUUAAUAAUAAUAAUAAUGGUAAUAAUAAAAGAAAGAAUCAUAGAAAUAGACAACAACAACAAAAUAAUAGUAAUAAUAAUAAUAAUGAACAAGAACAACCAAUUGAAAAUGAACCAAUUGUAGAUUUAAUUAUUUCUGGAUUACCAACAAACCCAUCACUCAUUAGGGUCAAUGAUCUAUUUCAAGCAUUUAGAAAAGCUGGUUUCAUUCAAGAGACAGCAGAUGGUGACCCCAAGAUUCAAUUCUUUAUUGAUGAGAGUGGUGCAAGAACUGGUCAAGCUGUUAUAUCCUAUGCAAGGGAGGAAUCGAUUCAUCUUGCCAUUCAACUACUCGACGAUACAGAGAUUAUACCAAAAUAUAAAAUGAAGUUGGCACAAGCCACACCUGAACAAGUCAAAACUACUCAAGCAAAAGCACCUUCCAAAAAGGGUAAAAGGGAAGAUUCAAGAGUUGUUAAAAAAAGAGAAUUAAAUUAUGGAUGGGGAGAAAGUGAAAGUAGAGUUAUUGUAAUCAAAAAUUUAUUUGAUCCAAAAGAUUCAUGGUCAAAUCUAAACUUUUAUGAUGAAUUAAAAGAGGAUUUGGAAAUGGGAUGUCAGAGAUGUGGAGAAAUUCAAUCGAUUACCAUUUUUGAAAGAAAUCCAGAUGGUGUUGCAACCAUCAAAUUCAAAGACUUUGAAGCAGCAGAGAAAUGUGUUGCAUUGAUGGAAGGCAGAUACUUUGCUCAAAGAAAAUUAACGGCAGACUUUUAUGAUGGUUUUACAGAUUAUCAUGUAGAGGAAACGGAAGAGGAAAAAGAACAAAGAUUAAAGGUUUGGGAACAAUAUCUUAAAGAUUCUGGUGAAAAUGAUGAUAGUGAUCAAGAAAAUAAAGAGGACGAAGAUAAUGAUGAUGAUGAUCAUUAA